AUGCGUACAGCAUGCCUAGUUGUGGCUCUCUAUUCCCAUGGCGUCCAGGGAGCAUCUCUUGAGUUCAUCUGGAUCUCGGAGUUUGCGUUGAGGGGUCUCAUUUUUGAGAUGAUGGCUCUGCCGGCUGAGGAAGAAAUUGACCAGCAGGUAGAGGAGGAGAUGUGGGCUCAGAUCAACUAA